AUGCCAGGUAUUGUUACAAUUGAAGGAAAAAAAAUGAAUGAGCUUGAGAAUCCUUCUCCAUCUAAGAAAAUCUUAAACCAAACCAAUUCACCAAGAAAACCUUUUAGUCCACAAAGUGUGGAGAGGCGUGACGUAAAAAGUUUUCAUUGUCGAUCACGCUCGAGUCAAAGCUUUGGAUCUGAUAGUGAUUGGUCUUUAACUGAUUCAGAUUUUAGCUAUCUUGAUGAAGUAAAAUUGAGGAAUGCAGAUUUUGAAAUGGAGAAAAAGAUGGAGAAGGAUUCUAGCAGUGAAACACCAACAAAAUCAAGAGCUAAGGGAAAAAGUUCUCAUACAAAACCUCCUAUUGAAAAGAAGAAUGACAACAAUAAUUUGAGAAAACAAAAUACAACGGUUACUACUAAUGCGACAAAACCUAAGAGCGGUUCUAUUGUAAGAUCAAGGUCACAAAGCCGAGUAGAGAAUUCCAAAGAUUCCAAAGAAACGCCAACAUUUGAUAAUCCUGAGCUAGGACCAUUUUUACUAAAACAAGCGAGGGACUUGAUUUCGUUAGGAGAGAAUACGCAGAAAGCGCUUGAAUAUUCCCUUCAAGCGAUGAAAAUGUUUGAGAAAUCUGCGAAUGGGAAACCGAGUUUGGAUUUGGUAAUGUGUUUACAUGUUACUGCAGCAAUAUAUUGCAGUUUGGGGGAUUACAAUGAGGCAAUUCCAAUUCUAGAGCGAUCGGUUGAGAUUCCUAUGGUCGAGGAAGGUCAACAACACGCCAUUGCUAAAUUCGCCAGUCACAUGCAGCUUGGAGACACAUAUGCCAUGUUAGGCCAGCUUGAGAAAUCAAUUAUAUGUUACAAUAAAGGGUUGGAAGUACAAAAACUAGUUUUGGGAGAAAUAGACCCAAGAGUUGGUGAAACUUGUAGGUAUGUGGCAGAAGCUAAUUUUCAAGCAUUGCAAUUUGAUGAGGCAGAAAGGUUGUGUCAAGUGGCUCUUGAUAUUCACAGAGAAAAUGGUUCACCCUCUACUCUUGAAGAAGCGGCGGAUAGAAGGUUAAUGGGACUUAUAUGUGAAACUAAUGGAAAUCAUGAAGCAGCAUUGGAACACCUUGUUUUAGCAAGCAUGGCAAUGGUAUCAAAUGGCCAAGAGGUUGAAGUAGCGUCCGUUGAUUGCAGCAUUGGAGACACAUUCCUAUCGUUGGCUCGAUACGAUGAGGCCAUCUUGGCAUAUAAAAAGGCGUUAGCGGUUUUCAAGACUCACAAAGGAGAGAAUCAUCCUGCGGUUGGAUCGGUCUAUGUACGCUUGGCUGAGUUGUAUACUAGGACAUGGAAAAUAAAGGAAUCAAAAUCAUAUUGUGAAAAUGCACUUAAAAUCUAUGAAAAUCCCAUGUCUGGUGUCCCUUCUGACGAGAUUGCCAGUGGUUUUGUGAAUGUUGCAGCUAUUUAUGAGUCGAUGAAUGAGCUUGAACAAGCACUCAAGUUACUGCAUAAGGCACUAGAGAUACAUAAUGAUGCUCCUGGUCAGCAAAACACAAUAGCAGGAAUUGAAGCUCAAAUGGGAGUCAUAUACUAUGUAUUGGGAAACCAAACUGAAUCUUACAAUGCUUUUAAGAAUGCCAUCUCAAAGCUUCGUGCCACGGGAGACAAAAAAUCGGCUUACUUUGGUAUUGUUCUUAAUCAAAUGGGUCUUUGUUGUGUGGAGCUCUGCGAGUUAACCGAGGCUGCAAAAUUAUUUGAAGAAGCCAAGAUUGUUCUGGAACAAGAGUAUGGUCCGUAUCACCCUGAAACUAUUGGGGUAUAUAGCAAUCUGGCUGGCACAUAUGAUGCACUUGGCAGGGUGAAUGAUGCAAUUGAUAUUAUGGAGUACAUUGUUGUUGUGAGGGAGGAAAAACUUGGGACAGCACACUUUGAUGUUGUUGAUGAGAAAAGAAGGUUGGAUGUGUUGUUGAAGGAAGCAGGUAGAGUUCGGAACAGAAAAACCAAGUCACUUGAGCUCCUUCUAGAUGUCUUUGAUGAUUAA